AUGCCCGCGAGACCGAAGGUCGUUGAUCCAAGGGAAGAGCAGAGGGCUACACUUAAGGAGGCCUUCCCGGACGUCGAGGACAAAGUCAUCCGUGCGAUCCUCAUUGCAGCCGACUACAACCCGGAGAAGGCAUUCAACGCCCUCUUGUCCCUUACCGAUGACUCCUUCCAACCCGAAACGCCAGCACGCCCAAAUACCCGCAGCCCAGCGGUUGACGACGAGUCAUAUGCUCGUCAAAUUGCGACCGCAACCGAUCAAUCUCAACUCGAGGCCGACGAGCGUUUGGCGAGAGAGUUGAGUGAGAGAUAUGAGCGCCGAGCUAUGCGCCGUGCGCAGGAAGAGUCCCAGAGGCAUUAUAGACAGAACGAGGAUCUGUAUGGGCGCGAGACACCCGAGAACCAGCGUUCGUUUCUCGAUGAUGACCUCCCUGUCAUUAAGGAGAACUUGACAAAGGGUUUCAAUGAGACCAGGAAGAACAUUACUGGGUGGUUCACGAAGGUUAAGGGACGUCUCGAGAAUGAGUUUGCUGGACAGGAGCAGCAGGGACAGGGACAGGGACAGUAUGGUCAAUACCAAGGCCGUGUGAGUGGACAGUAUGACGCGGAUCCAAGAGUGUUGGGUGAUGACUUUUCCGCGUUGGAAAUCAGGGAUAAUUCGGGAGAUGCUCACCGCGCUCCAACCAACCCAAACCUGUUCAAGCCCUCCCUGCCUUCCCGCGGAAACAGCGCAAUCGCAACCGAAGACCUCACGUCCCGCACCGCAUCUUCAAACCUCGCUCCCUCCAACGCUGGCGCCGCGGCUCAGGCCUCUUCCCCCUCCCGUAAAUGGGAACCCCUUCGUGCGCGGCCUCCCCCGACCAACGCUGAUCCCUUCGACCUAGGGGACUCAGAUGACGAGGCUAGGUUGAGGAGAGCGAGUAUGGCAGAGCCCAGCGAGGAGACGAAGUCAAGGAGAGCUAGUACCGCACAUGCUGAGAAACUGGAGGAGGCCGGAAAGGCUGGAACGAGGGAUUCUACUGCUGUUGGUUUGUUGACGAAGCAAGGGGAGUAA